UCGGGCUUCCUGUGUAAACAAACAUGGCGGAGUGUGUAAGAAAUGUCGAUUGGAAAGAAGACAUGGAAUUAAAAGAGGAUCUGGAACAAUAUGUUCGCCGUAAUUAUCGCCAGCAUGAGACCUUAGACUUAAUGAAUGUUCAGUACCCUAUUUAUGCCUGGAGCAAAAGAACACUCUCGCGUCGUCUUAAAUUCUUUGGAAUUAAAUAUGUUGACUAUGACACUGGUGUAGACGAAGUCAAGAAUGCAGUUGAAGUUGAGAUGAAGGGGCCAGGAAAACUGCUUGGAUAUCGUGCAAUGCACAAGAAAAUAAGGGACGUACACGGCCUUAACGUACCUAGGAACUUAGUGUAUGAUGCCAUAGCGGAUGUCAACCCCGAAGGUCUUGAAUCCAGAGGUGGCGUUGGGAAACCAAAACGUCCCAAGAGAAAUAAAGCAUUUGUUACAAAUGGGGCUGUCAAUGUUCCCGCUUUGUAUCUAUGGCGGCCAAGAUACUUUCAGUGGGAAAAUCCAUUUUCUUUGAAUUUGGACGACGAAUAAUGACCCAAAGAUAAUUGGCAGAUUUUAUUUUGACUACCUGUUCCAGAGUAAAGUGUUACCAGACAGAAUAAGAAUAGACAAAGGGACUGAAACAGGAGUAAUGGCUACCAUUCACAGCUAUCUUAGAAGCAAACAAGGUGAUUUGGAAGAUGCAACAGAGAGUAUCAUUUAUGGUCAUUAAUUGAAAGAUGGUGGCGUGAAUUACUUGAACGAAUGGAAAAGUUUUUUAAAGGCCAGUUGUCAACCCUUGCCGAAGAUGGACGCUAUGAUCCAAGUGAUGAAACUGAUAGGCGAUACAUUAUUUACACUCUACUAAAAUUCAUUUUCAUGUAUCAAUGUAUCAAUGUAUCAUUGUAUUUAUGUUAAUACUCAUAAUAUUUGGUAAAAAUCUAGGACAUAGUACUUAGUACUCAUUACAUGCUAUAGAGUACAUGUACUUGACAUGUUAAAGAACAUCACCAGAGCAGAAACUGUGAGAACAAAAGGAAAAUUUAUUUGACUGCCAUUG